AUUCGAUAUAAACAAGAGCCCUUGAAUCAAAACCUAGAGGAGAAUCUGAUUUAUGCAUGUCCAUUUUAACCUCACACAUGUUUAAAAUCCUCAUGAGAGACGGAAGGUUUACCAUUGCGAGUAAAAGACGCAAGCAGCGCUUCGGAGCAAAGCGCUUUGUAAACUGAUACAUCAUCAACCAAAUAUACAUCUACAAAUCAUCAAUACAUAUUCAACCAAUAUGGCGCUCACAGCAGUAGCAAUAUUCGUUAUCUCUGUCAAGAUAAUUAUCCAGCCGUGUGGAUUCUGUCCAGGCAUACACAUACAACCCCGCCAUUCUCCGUGUCUCGUCUCAACCCAAUACCACCUCAGGCAAAUACCUCAGCUUCAUACCUUUUUUCCUUCUCCUUCUUCAUACCACUCACAACUUCUUCUUCAUCCCGCUCUUUACCUUCAUCAAAUCCCGCUCAAUUAUCCAUCUUUCCCCCUCCUCCUCCUUCAUCCAUCUCACAAACCCUCGAGGCGGUCAACCCAUCUCGCACUCCAUCCAACUUCCCACGUAAUACACCACCCAUUUCUUAUGUCAUUCCUGUUUCUCUCAGAAACACCAUUAUCCCAUCCUCCACGGCUGAUACUUGCUGCACACUCUCCCCCCAUUCGUCGCUUCAUCAUCAAGCCACCUACUCUCUCAAGCGAAUCAUCUCACCCCCAAAAAACCCUCGAGCUUCCGACAACCCAUUGGUCGGGAACAUCUAUCAUCGCCCCCCCCUUUCAGCGCAUCAUGAUCAUCAUGCCGUAACACCGCAGAUGCCGGCUUACACCAACACUCUCAAUUUCCAACGAAAAAGACGGGAUGGACAGACACGCGCGCAGCAGCAGCAGCUAGGCAAAACGACACACUCCCCCUCCUCCCCCCAACUAUCUCUCCAGCCCUCUUUCUCGUCCGUCGCACAGACCGCCAAGACGGGGCCGAAAAGCAGAGAACCCGAAUGAAAGCACACCCCCUCCGAAAAAAAUCAGAAACAAAAGCAGGGUCACGCUCACUCACGGGGUCGAGCUGAGGCGGCAGUCCUCAAAGAGUCGGUGUGAUGAGCAGUGGCUGUUCC